AUGAAAGUAUCUGGUUCAACAAAAUUUGGAUUGAUUUUUGCUGCCACUCUUUUGGUAUCUACAAUGAAUGUUGACGCAGCCUGCCAAGGUGACAUGACCAUCACGAGUCAAAAUGACAUGGAUCAAAUUCGUAACUGUAAGACUUAUAGCGGUAAUAUCCUGAUUGACAACACAGCUGCAUCUGAUUUGAGAAUGAAUGGUGUUGAAUUAUUGGAAGGUGAUUUGAUGGUGACCAACAACAACGGACUUCAAGGCUUUGGCUUACCCAAGCUUCAAGGAAUUAACGGCCAAUUAAAGUUCGCAAACAACAAAUUAUUAAGUUCCAUUGAUGUCAAGCAACUCUAUGCCAUCCGUAGUCUCGAAGUUUCUGUUCAUCCCGCUUUGAAUGAGCUCAAGUUUGCUGCUGGUCUCUCUCAAGCUGAAAAGAUUAUUAUUGCUGAUACAACCUGUACCCGAAUUGAUGGUUUCAAGAUGACAACUUCCAAGGAUAUUGAAAUCUCCAACAAUAUCUACUUGAAGAGUUUAUCUUUUGCAAAUAUGAGCAGUGUAGGAAAUAUUUUAAUUUCUGCCAAUUCUCCCGCUUUGAUCCUUGAUUUGAACACAGUUUCUGGUCUUCGUGAAGGUUCAUUCCGUAAUUUGGCUGGUAUUGAAUUGACUUCCCUUCAAAAGGUGUCUGGUGAUAUAUCAUUUAUCUCAAAUACUUUUCAAAGUUUGGAUCUUCCAGCCGCUGUGGAUAUUAUCGGCACAUUGACCUUGACAGAUAACAUCAACCUUAACAACUUAUCCAUGUCCAAAUUGGGACAUUUAGGUGGUGCACUCUCUGUGGUGGGUAACAACCAAUUGAGCUCGGUCAAUGCAUUCCCUUCUCUUCAACAAGUGGAUGGUACGCUGGAUCUCAGUGGCAACUUUGAUGAGGUUCAAUUCCCCGUUUUGGCAGAUGUGCGUGGAGGUUUAAACGUUCAAACAUCAAGCAAUGUGUUUGCGUGUGAUGACAUGAAUCGAUUAAAGGCAGGUGUUAUCAAGGGUAAUUCUUUUGUUUGCAAAUCUGCAGUUGCCAAACCCAAAUCAGGUAUCAAAGGUGUGAAUGGAAAAGGUGGAUCAUCUGGUGGCAGUGGUGGCUCUGAUGAUAGUUCCGCAAGCACUCAAAAAUCAGGGUUCUUGGUUUCUUUGACCGCUGCUGCUGGCGCUGUUGCGUUCGCUUACAUGAUUAAUAUUUAG